GUACCUCAGAAACCCUUUGUAGCCAGAGAUGGGGACCGACACCACAGAGCAGGUCUCCUGGGAACCCUACUCUGGGUAUGAUGAGGAGGCUUACUCAGCUGGGCCGUUGCCGGAACUCUGUUACAAGGCGGAUGUCCAGGCGUUUAGUCGGGCCUUCCAGCCCAGUGUCUCCCUGAUGGUGGCUGUGCUGGGUCUGGCCGGCAAUGGCCUGGUGUUGGCCACCCAUCUGGCAGCGCGUCCAACUACCAGAUCUCCCACCUCCGUUCACCUGCUUCAGCUGGCCCUGGCUGACCUCCUAUUGGCCCUGACCUUGCCUUUUGCUGCAGCAGGUGUUCUUCAGGGCUGGAAUCUAGGAAAUGCCACCUGCCGAGCCAUCUCCGGCCUCUACUCGGCCUCCUUCCACGCCGGCUUCCUCUUCCUAGCCUGUAUCAGCGCCGACCGCUAUGUGGCCAUCGCUCGAGCCCUGCCAGCCGUCCAGCGGCCGUCCAGGGCUGGCCGUGCCCACUUGGUCUCGGCCUUCGUGUGGCUGCUGUCGCUGCUCCUGGCUCUACCUGCACUCCUCUUCAGCCAGGACCGGUCACGGGAAGGCCAGCGGCGCUGUCGGCUCAUCUUCCCCGAAGGCCUCACGCAGACUGUGAAGGGGGCGAGCGCAGUGGCGCAGGUGGUCCUCGGCUUCGCGCUGCCCCUGGGCGUCAUGGUAGCCUGCUACGCGCUCCUGGCCCGCACGCUCCUGGCCGCCAGGGGGCCCGAGCGGCGGCGCGCGUUGCGCGUCGUGGUGGCCCUGGUGGCGGCCUUCGUGGUGCUGCAGCUGCCCUACAGCCUCGCCCUGCUGCUGGAUACGGCCGAUCUCCUGGCCGCCCGCGAGCGGAGCUGCUCCUCCAGCAAACGCAAGGACCUAGCCCUGCUGGUCACCAGCGGCCUGGCGCUGGUCCGCUGCAGCCUCAAUCCGGUGCUUUAUGCCUUUUUGGGCCUGCGCUUCCGCCAGGACCUGGGGAGACUGCUACAGGGUUGGGGAUGCAGCCCGAAGCCCAACCCCCGAGGCCGCUGCCCCCGCCGGCUCCGCCUUUCUUCCUGCUCCGCUCCCACCGAGACCCACAGUCUCUCUUGGGACAACUAGGGCUCCAAUUCCAG